AUGUUCCAUCCUCCUCCCUUGUUUUGGAAGAAGCUCACGAAGCUGUGGUUGACCAAGAGCGCGUUACGAGAAGCUGACCGACGAUACUACCUCCUAUCCUCAAACCAGAGCAGCUCGCCUCCUCGUCCUCACAUUUUCGCUCCUGAUUUCUUGCGCAACUGCUCGGCUACUUGUUUACAAGAGAUCAGAAAACUUUCCCGCCGCAGAGGGCCAGAUAUAUCGGGCAUCAGGAACUAUCCCGCACCAGCUGACUUCAGUCAGUACUCAAUGGAUCCUACCGACUCCAGCUCGAAGCGCCCUAUUUCAAAGACCGGAAAUACGACGGUCUACUACUUACACUUUGAAAGCCAUCUGAACGACCACGGUAUUUUCAUGCCCAAUUCCACCUACCCAGAUGGGACCAAGCCAUGUAAACCGGAGAAUAUCGCCGAGAUCCAAAGACGGUUACAAGCCCCUCGCCCGUCCCUAGCAUUGUCCGAAGAUUCCCUGCAGAAGGAAUUUGACGAAUUUACCCUCCUUAACGACAGCACCUCCGACGAGCAGCUCGUGAUCAAGAAAAUCCUCCCGAUUCUCGACGGUCCGCAACAACAAUCGUCGUCCUUCCACGAUGGCGGCAAUCACCCCUUCACGAACCUGGCGCCGCUCACGAACGGCACCCUCGCCAAUGCCAAGCCUGAUAUCUACCACGGCGCGCCGCCUCACCAGCUGCAUCCUCGUGUCCGGGAACAGCUCAGUGAUCAGAUCAUCCCUACCCGGCAGGGCAACCGUCCUAUCACGCCUAAUUUCUUCGUCGAGAUAAAGGGCCACUGUGGCUUGCCGCCCGUGCUGAAACGUCAGGCCUUGUAUGAUAGCGCUCUGGGUGCCCGAGCGAUACAUUCCCUUCAGCAAUAUGGAUAUGCGCAAGAGGAGCGCCGCAGCAGCAGCAACAGCAACAACCGACCACAGGAUAAUGACGAUUGCUCUGAUCCUGCGCCUGCUCCUGGCUCUGCCCAUGAUUCCACUUACGAUAAUCACGUUUACGCGAUUGCUUCUACCUUCCAAGACAGAACGCUGGGUAUCUACGCGACCCAUCCGACGCGGACUCCGAGUAAUAUUAACCCCGGCGCAGACCGUCAGACGGAUUAUGUGAUGACCCGGGUCGGGUAUUACGCCUUGAUCGGGAGUCCGGAAUCCUACCAACAGGGUCUGACCGCGUAUCGCAAUAGCCGGGACCUGGCGAAUGAAUAUAGGGACGAGUUUAUCAGGCAGGUGAAUGAGCGACAUGAGGCUGGUCGGUAG